GUUGGAUCGGACAGCCUUGCAUCAGGAUCUACGCUGGUCUGUUCCAAAACAUCACCCAACUCCCUACAGUACUUAGGCGCUGUACUAGUUGUGCCGUCUGCCAAGUGCCGGAUACUUGGGGGACCGAGUUCGACUGGCGUACGAGCAGCGAUGCCGAGUAUCCAAGGCUUCAAUACCUUGCGGGCACGGUCAUACGUCCUUCGCUUGCCUCUCUUCACCCGCGCCAUCCUGCUAGGCAUAGCAGGUUUCUGGCUGGCCAGCUUGCCCGGCUACUGGGAUGUGCGGCUCUGGGGCUCUCUGAUCCCCGACAAGAUCUCUAUUGCUACAGGCUAUCGGUUGAAUACAUUCCCUCUCGUGCACCUGAAUUUCUUCCAUGCCGUUCUCAAUGCCGUUGCGUUGGCGCCGUUGAUGGAACGAUUCGAAAGUGAAUAUGGAACCUUGACCACGCUGGCACUCUUCUUUGGGCCACUGACUACGAUUCCCGCCAUUCUGUAUCUCUUCAUUGAGAUUGCCAUUCUCCGGGCCAACCAUGCCGUCAUGGGUGCCAGCAUGUGGAUAUUCUUGCUGUUAGGCAUGGAGGCGAUCCGAACGUAUAAGUCGAACCCGUACUUGGUGAUUGGGACAUAUCACCUUCCCACCUGGACCACGCCCCUGCUCAUGAUCGUGGUUGUUGCCGCGCUGGUACCAAACACAAGCCUGCUGGGGCAUCUCUGCGGCGUUGCCGUUGGCUACGUUGCUGGCCUUGGCUACGUGAAGUUGCUUGCACCUCCAGAGUGGGCACUCCGAUGGAUUGAAUCUCGAUUGAACCUUCUUGCCAUAUUACCGCACUAUGUCAGCGUGGAUCAGAAGACUUACGGCAGAUUCGGUGUUCUGCCGACCACCAACCGCCCCGUUGCGAGCGCGCCAGUAGAGCUCGUUGGAGGGAGCUCUUGAUAUAGGAGCGGCCUAAUAGAGCCAGUCUAUUUGGAUGUGUAUCAAA